AACUCCAGGUAGAUCUGGUCACAAUCAUGGCAAGUUACAGAGGUAAUGAAGCGUCAACCCAUGUUUUGGUUCUGGAACACUGUUGCAAAUUAACUAGGUUUUUUAAAUUACCAAUUAGGUAUGCUUCAAUAUAAGGACUCUAAAUAGCCCACACCUUAGGACAAUGACCCCUAGGAAGCGUUAUACCUACUACAUUGUUUUCCUGGAAUAAUUCAUUAUUAGACUGCUGUGGGUCGCAUCUUGGAUCACACACCUGACAAAAGGACUCAAUAGAAGUAAGCCACGCUGCUUGGCUUUCUUGGGUUAUCCUGCGUCAUUAACUCACCGGGAUUACCAAUACAAACAUUCUUCUUUAAGCACAUGAAAUCUCGUGUGUUUAUUCGUUAAUCAUUUAUUUUACCAAUAAUUGUACGUACAAUAUUUUCAUUAAUUUUCAUAAUUAUUUUCAACAAUUAUUUAAUAUGGCGUUAAGCAAAUUGUUGGUGGUCGCUUGGGUGAUGUUGGUGUGUGUCUGGGGAGCUGGACCAGCUGGUGUCACCUCCGCCAUUCCCCACGCGAGUCCCAUCCAGCUCAACAUCUCCCAGGUUAACCUCUCCCAGGCCAGUCCUACCCAGCUCAACCUCUCCCAGGCCAGUCCUACACAGCUCAACCUCUCCCAGGCCAGUCGUCCUACCCAGCUCAACUCUCCCAAGCCAGCUAUACCCAGGUCAACCUCUCUCAGGCCAGGCCUUCCCAGGUCAUCCUCUCCCAAGCCUGCCCUAACCAGCUCAACCUCUCCAAUGCAAGUCCUGCCCAGGUCAACCUCUCACUGGCAAGUCCUGCCCAGCUCAACCUUUCCAAUGCAAAUCCUGCUCAGGUCAACCUCUCACAGGCAAGUCCUACCCAGGUCAAUCACCCUCAUAGUCAAAAUAUCCACUACCUUCCUCAAGGUCGUUCUGAUAAUCAUAUGCUCGCUGAUAACUCCCAAACGCUCACUAAAUACGAAGAGGACGAGAAGAAAUUUGUAAAAAAGUACCUAAGAAAACGCUGGCCAAAAAAAACAAUCCCAGUUAAAUUUGAUAGUAAGCAUCCCGUCAAGGACAAGCAGAUGGUUUAUCAAACAAUGGAUUGGUUCAAUGAGCUGACGUGUCUUUAUUUAUAUAAUAAGACUGGCAAGGGGUACCACGUGUUCGUCACUAGUAGUAAAAAAAAUGCUUGUUUUGCCACAGUGGGGUUCUCUAAAUCUAGAAAAGGUUUUCAGGAUGUGAAUCUAGGCGAUGGUUGCUUCUAUGCCCUUGGAGUCAUCGUCCACGAAUUCAUACACACCUCCGGUUUUUAGCAUCAGCAGGGGAGAACCGAUCGGGAUGAUUUCGUAAAAGUCUUUCCUAAAAGAAUGUUAGCCGGAAAAUCUGGCAAUUUCGCCAAAAGCAGCGGAAAGUUUGCAUUCUUGAGAACCCUCGGUCUCCCUUACGACUACAACAGUGUCAUGCACUACAGGCUCAACGCCUUUUCUAAGGGAGCCAAGUAUGGUAAAACUAUGGAGUUGACUAGGAACUUUUCUGGCUUUGUGGGACAACGUACCGGCUUUUCCCGCACCGAUCUUGCAGCCAUUAACCGCUACUACGAGUGUUGGGACUACUAUCUGGGUGACGAUAUCCCCGGCGCCGUUCCCUACGACGACUUCCACGCCAGAUACAUUGACCCAGACGAGAACAGGAAUGUGUCUGGUGCUCUCCUAGCCUGGAUCAUACGUAUGAAGUACGGAGUUAAUACUUUGUGAUCUUUUCUUU